GUAUAACUGCAACGUUUUCUGCAUUAUGCCAAUAGACGGUUCAGAAGACCAGGCGCCCUCCUCCCUCUCCAGCCCAACUAGUGCUGCUCUCACCCCAGGGGGGACUGAUGAGGAUGGAGCCACUGGGGGCUCCGCAGCUUGCUCUCAGGGCUCUGAGGCUGCUGCAGCCUAUCCGACCAACACUGGACCAGGGGAGGGAACCAGCGGUGGCAAGAAGUCUGGAGCCAUGCUGCAGAUUGACCGCCAGCGCAUCCAAGCAGCAUCUGCCAGCUCUGGAGCUGAUGAGCUGCAGGGCCUUGGUGUGGCUGUCUAUGACCAGGAUGUCCUCGAGCAAGGUGUCCUGCUGCAAGUGGAUGAGGCGAUCCAGGAGGCCAGUCAGGCUGCUGCUAAAGCCGAUGCAGAGAAGGAGUACCAGUCUGUGCUAGAUGAUGUCAGGUCCGUUACAACAUCUUUGAAACAAAUCAACAAGAUCAUUGAGCAGCUCUCUCCAUAUGCAGCCUCAAGCAAAGACAUCUGUAGGAAAAUCGAAUCUGUCAAAAGACAGAAAGAAAAUAAGGAGAAACAGCUCAAGAAAGUUAGAGCUAAACAGAAACGACUUCAAGCCAUUCUUGGAGGAGAAGACACACAAAGGGUGGAAGCUGAGCUGUUGGCAGAGGAUGAUGGGGAGGAAGAAGCCGGGCCGUCCACGCUUGGCAGCAUGCUCAUGCCAGCUCAGGAGACAGAAUGGGAGGAGCUUAUCCGAACAGGACAAAUGACUCCUUUUGGAACGCGAAUUCCGCAGAAGGAGGUUAAGAAGGAACCUCGGAAACUGAUGCUUGCUGAGGACUCAGGUUUUGAUCAGUACUUGGCCGACCAGGCCAAGUUGGCCACUGAGAGGAAGAGAGCCCCUCUCCUGAAGAAGAAGGGGAGCUAUGGACUCAGUCCUGAUGGGAAGGCCAAAGGAAAAACCAACAGAAGUGGUUCCUCUUCCAAGGACAAAAAAAUGCAGAAGCGCAUGCGAAAGCUCCAGAUAACUGCUCUGAAGGCCCAUCCUAAGGCUCGACCCAAGACUGAGCCACAGUUCCCUAAACCAAAGAGGAAGCAUCACGCUGAGGGAGAGGAGACUGACAGCGAGGGGUCCGAGUACAUGCCUAGCGAUGAAGGCGUAGAUCCUGAACAAGACGAAAGAGAAGCCAGGGAGGAGGGCUUUGCGGAGGAAGAUGAUGAAGAGUAUGAGUUGAAACUAUACAAGAGAAAGACUGAAAGAAAAGGGAGGAAGAAAGUAAAGAAGAAGGAGGAUAGUGAGGACGAAUACUGCCCUGAUAGUUCAGAUAAAGAGGAGGAUGAGAAGGAUAAAAAGAAAAACUUCAAAGAUGAUGGAGAUGUAGAGUACUACAGACAACGCAUCAGGAGAUGGAAGCGACAGCGACUCCUAGAAAGGGAGGAGAGGAGGGAAAGAGACGAGGACCUCACAGAUGACAGUGAUGCAGAGUUUGAUGAAGGCUUCAAAGUGCCUGGUUUUCUCUGGAAAAAACUUUACAAGUACCAGCAGACAGGCGUGCGGUGGAUGUGGGAACUCCACUGUCAGCAGGCAGGCGGCAUCCUGGGAGAUGAGAUGGGAUUGGGUAAAACCAUCCAGAUCAUCAGCUUUCUGGCUGGACUGAGCUACAGCAAGCUAAGGACCAGAGGAUCCAACUACAGGUAUGCUGGUCUGGGUCCUACAGUUAUUGUGUGUCCAGCUACAGUCAUGCACCAGUGGGUGAAGGAGUUCCACACCUGGUGGCCGCCUUUCAGAGUGGCUGUUCUGCAUGAAACUGGCUCCUUCACCAGCAGCAAGGAAAAACUGAUUCCAGAGAUAGCGGCAUGUCAUGGUAUCUUGAUAACCUCAUAUUCAGCAGUGAGGAACAUGUGGGACUCCCUGCAACGUUAUGACUGGCACUAUGUUAUACUGGAUGAGGGCCAUAAGAUCAGGAAUCCAAAUGCUGCAGUUACCACAGCCUGCAAACAGUUUCGCACUCCCCACAAGUUCAUCCUCUCAGGCUCUCCUAUGCAGAACAAUUUGAAGGAGCUUUGGUCUCUGUUUGACUUUGUCUUCCCUGGCAAACUGGGUACCUUGCCUGUCUUCAUGGAGCAGUUCUCUGUGCCAAUCACCAUGGGGGGAUACAGCAAUGCAUCACCUGUGCAGGUCCAGACGGCGUUUAAAUGCGCAUGUGUGCUGAGGGACACCAUAAAUCCUUACCUGCUCCGAAGAAUGAAGGCAGACGUCAAGGCCAGCCUCUCCUUACCUGACAAAAAUGAACAGGUCCUGUUUUGCAGAUUAACAGAGGAUCAGCGGCAGGUUUAUCAGGGCUUCUUGGAUUCCAAAGAGGUCUACCAGAUACUAAACGGGGAUAUGCAGGUAUUCUCAGGUUUGAUAGCGUUGCGUAAAAUCUGUAACCACCCGGACCUUUUCUCGGGCGGUCCCCGAAUGUUGAGGGGAAUCCCAGAGGCCCAGCUGACUGAAGAGGAACACUUCGGCUAUUGGAAGCGAUCAGGCAAGCUGAUGGUGGUGGAGUCACUGCUGCGUCUCUGGUUCAAACAAGGCCACAGAGUCCUCCUCUUCACACAGUCUAGACAGAUGUUGAACAUCUUGGAGGUGUUCAUGAGAGAUAAUAACUACACGUACCUAAAAAUGGACGGUACUACCACAAUAGCUUCCCGACAGCCCCUCAUCGCUCGCUACAACGAGGAUAAAUCAAUUUUUAUCUUUUUGUUGACCACUAAAGUCGGAGGCCUGGGAGUCAAUCUGACUGGAGCCAAUAGAGUUAUCAUCUAUGACCCAGACUGGAACCCCAGUACUGACACACAGGCACGAGAGCGGGCAUGGAGGAUCGGUCAAAAGCAGCAAGUGACUAUCUACAGGCUGCUGACUGCAGGGACCAUUGAGGAGAAAAUCUACCACAGGCAAAUUUUCAAACAGUUCCUGACCAACCGUGUAUUGAAGGACCCCAAACAAAGACGGUUCUUCAAGUCUAAUGACAUCUAUGAGCUCUUCACUCUGUCUGAUCCGACUGGAACUGAAGGAACAGAGACCAGUGCCAUAUUUGCAGGUACAGGCUCUGAUGUCAAGGCACCCAAGAAACCCGGGAGACCAAAGCCAUCAAACACUGUAAAUCAUGGCAGCCAUUCACUCAAGCACUCCACUGCCAACCAGAAUGAAACGGUUGCAGACAACAGACAUUCCUCAACAAACAUUUCUGCAUUAAGAGAAGGAAACGCCUCGCCUUGCAGUAAAAACUCUCAGGGUAAACUGACUGUGUUAACAGACAGUCAAAGCACCAACCCACAUGACUUGAAUGUAGAGCCAAAUAUAUCAGCCAGUACACAACAGGCAGGACAAAAUAACAGAGACUGUAAUGGAGUCACGCCAACAGUCAAAACCUCAAACACACUCAUCUCUCACCAAAACAGAGACAAAGACUCUGCCCUGACCAGCCCACAGAAACACAGGGAAAAGAGGAAACACUGCGACUCAGCUGACUCAAACAGACACAGACAUAAGAAACAUAAACACUCCAAGGAUGCUCGUUUUGAGGGCCAACGCAUCUCUCACUUGGUGAAAAAAAGGGCCUAUAAGAAAGCAGAUAGUGGAGAUGAGGCGGAAGACCAAGGGAAAUCAGACGAUUAUGUUUUGGCAAAGCUCUUCAAGAAGUCUGGUAUCCACAGCGUGAUGCAGCAUGACACCAUCAUGGAGUCCUCCAACCCUGACUAUGUUCUGGUUGAGGCAGAAGCAAACAGAGUGGCCAAAGAUGCUCUGAAAGCUCUCAAAGUUUCUCGGCAGCAGUGCAGGCUGGCCCUCAACAGAGCUCCUCCACCUCCUCCUGCAAGGAAACGGUUUGGACAGAAGAAAAAUUCUCUUCUGGUUACAGCCUCCGUUCAGUCGGCCCCUACUCCGGGCAAAUGCAAGGAUGCUGCUAUUUUAGAGAAGUCUAUAUCAAAGAAGCCUGGUUCAGGAGCUCAUUUCAGCGGGGAGGGAGCAGAAAUUGACUCCAGCUCCGCCCCCCUCUCCUCCUCUUCCCUGCUGGCUAAGAUGAGAGUCCGUAAUCACCUCAGCGUGCCCUCCAGCCAAAGAGAAGAAGAAGAAGAGGAGGAAGAGGAUGGCUCUACCUCUGCUCCAUCCACUCAGCACGAUGAGCUGUUGGUGGAUCUACGUAACUUUGUAGCAUUCCAGGCACAUGUGGACGGACAGGCCAGCACACAUGAAGUGCUGGAAUAUUUCAAACCUCGACUGACCCAGGAACAGGCACCGGUCUUCAGAGAGCUGCUGAGGAGCGUCUGUGACUUUCAUAGGACCUCCGGUCAGGAGGGUAUCUGGAAACUGAAGGAGCGCUUUCGCUGAGUGAAUCACAGAUAAAAGCAGAGCGCAAACUUUGAAUAUUUGUGUAUUUGUUAGCUAUGCGUCUGUAGAUAAAAACCUGCAAAAUAUUUUUGUUUGUUGCCAUUUCUUUGUUACAUUUUGCCAAAAUUAGAUGUAUUUUUCACAAUAAUUUGUCAGCCACAGUUGAUCAAAAUGUAAUUUUCAUAUGACCAUAGUGUUUUAUUGAGGGGCCACAUUGUAGGAGUUAUUACACAGAACAGUGGAUUAGCUGAUAUGCUCUUCUGAUUAUUACUGUUAUUAAAUCUGUUGCAAUGUCUAAUUUAUUUUAUCUGCAAGUAAGUUGGGUUGACUUUUGUGCUCAUGUAAGAACUUUUUGUAUUCUUUGUUUCUGUUUCUGUUUGUUUGUGUCUGGUUAUACUUUAAUUUAUGUGUUUUGUAUUUGCCUGAAAUUUCAAAUUGUAUUAGCUUGAGUAAUAAUCUUAACUGCCUCACUGGUGUCAGAUUUUACAACAUGAUUCCGUAAAAUUAAAUUUGGGGAGUAGUGUGUCAUUUUGUAAAAAUAAAAUCAACACAGACUUUUGUAGAUUUUGUAAUGACUUUUAUUCACAAAUACAGUGUAGAUGUUUGGGAGAUGAACUUCAAAAUGUGAACUGACCUACUGUAUUUCCAAUUACUUCUAAAAUAUUGUCAAUAAGCUGAGUCAUUAAGCUGUCAUGUUUUAUAUUUUCUUAAAGUACCCA